CUUCCUGCUGGAGCUGCUCCUGCGGAGAAUAAAAAUACACUCCUAGCAAGCCAGCUACACGAGUUGUUAAAAAGUUAUGUCUGGCUGUCAAGUGGAUAGAGAUAGACUGGUUUUAAACAUGGACGUUACUCCUCGCUUUUCCGUACAUUAAUAACAGAAACCACCCCCAUGUCCAGAGAGCCGGCACUGGUGACAAGUCAACUGCGAAUGUAAGUUACUAGCUGUCACUAGCUAGUAAUGUCUCUAACGUUACCAUCGGCCGAUAUACUUGAAACACCUCCUGGAUAUCCGUUUGAAGAAAUCAACUAUGAGGAUAUUGAAGUUGAGGAGGUGGUGGGAAGAGGAGCUUUCGGGGUUGUGUGCAAAGCCAAAUGGAAAGGCAAAGAUGUGGCCAUCAAGACCAUCGAGAGUGAAUCAGAGAGGAAAGCCUUUAUUGUUGAGCUCCGGCAGCUUUCACGUGUGAAUCAUCCCAACAUUGUGAAGUUGUAUGGCUCAUGCAAUAAUCCAGUCUGCCUGGUGAUGGAAUAUGCUGAAGGCGGCUCAUUGUACAAUGUGCUGCAUGGUGCUGAACCCCUCCCCUAUUACACUGCUUCCCAUGCCAUGAGCUGGUGUUUUCAGUGUUCCCAGGGCGUGGCCUACCUCCACGGCAUGAAACCAAAGGCUCUCAUUCACAGGGACCUCAAGCCACCCAAUCUGCUUCUGGUGGCAGGUGGCACUGUGCUGAAGAUUUGUGACUUUGGAACUGCAUGCGACAUUCAGACCCACAUGACCAACAACAAAGGAAGUGCAGCGUGGAUGGCCCCAGAGGUAUUCGAAGGCAACAAUUACAGCGAGAAGUGUGACGUGUUCAGCUGGGGGAUCAUCCUCUGGGAAGUGAUCACUCGCAGGAAGCCCUUCGAUGAAAUUGGAGGACCAGCUUUCCGCAUUAUGUGGGCCGUGCACAAUGGCACAAGACCUCCUUUAAUCAAAAACUUGCCCAAGCCCAUUGAGAGCCUGAUGACUCGCUGCUGGUCUAAAGACCCCUCCCAGCGGCCUUCCAUGGAGGAGAUAGUGAAGAUCAUGACUCAUCUAAUGAAGUACUUCCCUGGAUAUGAUGAACCGCUGCAGUAUCCAUACCAGUAUUCAGAUGACGGACAGAGCAACUCUGCUACCAGUACAGGAUCAUAUGCGGACUACACUGGCACCAGCAACAAAAGUGACGCAAACAUGGAGCACAGUGAUUCUCAAGGCAGUAACGACACUAUCAAGAUCACGCCUCAGUUCGCACCUUACUUCAAGCCAAAGGCCGACCCGUUGAGGUCUCUGCCUCUGUCGAGGGGGGGCAGCGUGGAGAGUCUGCCUGCACGGACACAGUGCCUGCCAUCAUCAGACAGCAAGAGAAUGAGCGCUGACCUGUCGGAGCUGGAGCCCAAGCUGCCAUUUGCACCUGCAGCACGUCCGCCGUAUAAACGAGGCCAUCGUAAAACGGCAUCAUACGGCACCAUUCUGGAUGUCCCCAAGAUCGUCGUCACAGCCACAUGCGAGCCUCAGAGACGCCGGUCAGUGCAGGACCUGCCCGGCAUCUGCUCAGAGUCCAGCCAGGGGAGCAGGAACAGCAGCCGCUCCUCCAGUCCCAGUGUGAGGAUGAUGCCCCCUGAUAAGCCCAGCAGCAGAGGGUACUUCUCCCCUGAUGACCCUACAGACACCAAUGGCUCAGACAACUCCAUCCCCAUGGCCUAUCUGACCCUGGAUCACCAGCUGCAGCCUCUUGCUCCCUGUCCCAACUCCAAAGAGUCCAUGGCUGUGUUUGAGCAGCACUGCAAGAUGGCGCAGGAAUACCUGAAGGUGCAGACGGAGAUCGCCCUGCUCAUCCAGAGGAAGAAGGAGCUCAUCGCUGAACUGGACCAAGACGAGAAGGACCAGCAGAACACGUCCCGUCUGGUGCAGGAGCACAAGAAGCUGCUGGAGGAGAACAAGAGUCUGUCCACGUACUUCCAGAAGUGCAAAAAACAGCUGGAUCUGAUCCGGGUGCAGCAACAGAAGAGACAGGGCACGUCGUGAUGAGACGGGAGACAAAUGAACUGCUACCCCCCUCCCGUCUCUGCCCCCUCCUCACUCCGGCACUAUAACACUACCCACUCUCACACACACACUGCUCUGUCCAAGACCUCUCCUGUGUCCUGCAUGUUGUAGACCCUCGCUCUGGUUUGGACAUUUGCACAUGACGUCCCUCUGAACAUUUGCACAUCCUAACUUCUGUGAGCGCAGACCAAACAAUCAUUGCCCCCCCCUUGCCCCUCCUCCAGCAGCUGUGUGUCCUCUGAUGGCAGGGUGUGUGGCUACAUGUUUGCUCCUGACAGCCCCUCCGUCCUCCACAAUGUGAAAAACCAGACGAAGGCUUGUCAGUGAGUAAUGUGCAGGAUCACUGAUAUGCAAACCCCCCCCAACCCCCCACCCCUUAAAUCAACAUAUUUAUCUCCAACUUUUUUUAAUAGUGAGCAUGAGCCCUUCACACACCACCUCAGCUGUGUCCUUCAAGUUGUGAUGUCUUCAGGUCAGAGAGGGACAAACUUCCUGUCCCUGAGAAAGGAACGCUGGGUGUGAACCUGACCUGCUCCUCAUGCUUUCCAAACUACACCCUCUUCUGGAUCCUCUUCCUCUUUCGACUUCAGUAUUGUUUUUGCGUGUAGAUGUUUUUGUCUUUUCUAUCCAGUAGUACACAUUGUAUGAUCAUUUUCGCGCUAGGAAACAUUUUAUCUGCUGGGGAAUGCCCUUGCGGACAAAUAGAGGAGCGUGUUCCUCCGUACAGUAUCUAGUUUGUUUUUAGUUCACAUGUUGCCUUAGAAGUUGCCUGCAUUUUAAGUGCUUGUUUUACGUGACAUGUAGUUGGGGUAAAAGAUUUAAAAAGAGGAUAUUUUUUAAUGUAAUGGACUUUGAAUGAAGUUCUUGGAGGGAGGGAGAAAUGUCUAUGAUGUCUCCCACCAUCCAAAACAUGUACUCUAAAAGAAUGUGUUUUCUUGCUCUCAUAUCCCACCGAUACUUUUGCACAAUCAAUUUAGUUUUGUCUGGUCACAUUUUAUUUUUGAUUUAAACUUAAUUUUUAAUAGCAAGACUUGACGAGUCUUACUUUUAGAUGUGUUUCUAUGCAGGAGUAAUCUUCAUGGGUUCUCCUCUUCAGGUUUCUGAUCAUGGAUUUACCACAGUAUACGGCAGUGAUGAUGAAGGCAUUAUGAAAUAAACUGAACGGUGAAAAGA